GCCGAAGAAAAUUUUCCUUGUUUUAUAAAAACAACAACAACCAGACAUUCAGUCACAAAACGACAAUUUAACUAAACGGUUUAAAAAAUAAUUAAUAAUAAUAAUAAAUAAAUUAUUUUUAAUAUUUUUUGUUUGUAAAGCAUUCCAUAUUAUAACUUGAUACAGAUCCAACUGUAUCAAACACUAGUUAACCAAUUCCAUUAUGCUGGGAAAAACAAUUACGAUUUUUCUUUUGCUCGUUGGAGUAUAUCUUGAAUUUGCUACUUGUUAUUCAGCUUAUCAAGAUGCACUCAUAAUAAGAGAAUAUAAAAGACAACUACGACGCAAUGCAACAUUAUCGGAACCCGCUUUAAAUCAUGUCAAAAUUGCUCGACAAUUGGUGCAUCAAGCGAACUGGGCUUCUGUUGGAACAAUAUCAACAAAUAGUGCUGUUAAAGAUUAUCCAAUGGUUAAUAUAAUAUCUAUAAACGAUAAUGAUGCUUCCGGGCAAUCGACUGGACGCAUACGGUUUCUUUUGACUGAUCUAGAUUUUACUGGUCCCGAUUGGCAGCAUAACAAUAAGGCUACAUUCUUGUUUACUGAUGAGCAAUUAUUGCAUUGUAGCAAGAGGGAGUGGUAUGAUAAUAGAGCACCUAUUGAUCCCAUGGAACCUACAUGUGCUCGCGCUAUUAUAAGUGGACAAGUUAUUGAGAUGGAUAAAAAAGGCAAUGAUUAUGAUGGUGCUUUAAUAGCUUUUGUUGAAAGACAUCCUGCUGCUAAGAAUUGGUUGAAGGCGCACUCAUUUUACUUAUGUGAACUGAAUAUUACAAAUAUUUUUGUUUUGGAUUAUUAUGGUGGACCACAUACUAUUGAUAUUACCGAAUAUUAUAAUACGAAGCCAUAAUUUUUUGUACAUUAUUUAAUUUAUUUACAGUUUUUCUGUAAAUAGUAAUAAAAAAAAAUUGCAAAUUUUUGCAAGUAUGCAUUUAAAUUAAAAAAA